AGAAUGAGAAGCUUUUAACUUCGGAUUCAUAUUUUAUCCUGACAUUAUCCCAUGAUACCAGUGCAGUCGACCAUUUUGGAACACCAUGGACACCAUUGUGACGUCACACUAUUGUCGCUGCAAAGCAUUUGCCGUCAAGACGCGCUCUUCAGAAGCAGGCGAAUUUAGUGAAUCCAACGCUGAUUUUGUUCAAUAUGCACGGAGAAGAGAUUCGUUUAGCACCGGAAUGGUGUGGCCCUAAAUGGUUCCAUAAACCAAAAGAGGAGAGACUAGAAUUCCUGGGAUUGCGACGAGUCUCGCUGGGGAAGUCUAGUGCCCUCAAGUACAAGCCCAUCUGCUACACUGGUAGCACCCCGCUAGUGAAGGGGAGGCCCCGCCCCAACACUGUCACGAGGUUCAGAGAGAUGGUGAAGUCUGCUGCAGCAGAAUAUGCCCGGGAUGAUACAGAGGAAACUCCAACAACAUCGAUCCUCAACGCCAACGUCGAAAAUGGCAGUGGUUUCACAGCACAAUGCACCCCUGCGAGGCAGGAAGUUGUUGCUGCGGAGAGGGUACUUGUUACAAAUGCAGGUCUGAUCAGCAAAAUGUUCCACGAGGACGUGAAAGAACCAGUGGCACGCGGCACCACAUCCAAGUGGACACAGAUGGCAAUGUUCCUGCAGGACACUGAGAUUGAAGACCACCGUCUUGAGGAGUUUUGUCAGACCCCACAGCCAAGCCCAAGACAGCAGCCUCGUUGUCGUUGGACCCAACUGGCCUUGACCCUCAUGGACAAAGACAACAGUCUCUCUUUGACAGAGGAGGAUGUUCCCGAGGAUGUUCUUGAGAAGCGGGGCUCCUUUGAUUCAUCCCCAGCAGACACUCCACCCACAAGCUUCUUUAAAACUCUAUUCGGACUUGACUUUGAAAUUCCAUCCCUCUACAAAUUAAUCAAUCCGCCAAUAAUUCCAAGUUCAAUGGUUAAGAAGGAUACCCUGAAGUAUGGCGCAUUACCGGUUGUUCUGGGAAGAGGUUCGUUUGGUCGUGUCAUCCGGGCCAAACUUAGCGACAGCCAAGGAGACACACAGAACAUUGUGGUGAAAGAAAUCUUUGACUGUAAAAGUCAGGUUGAUGCCAUCUUUGAAGAAGCCAGAAUGUUGUUGUUUCUCUCAAGGACCGGGUACGUCCCUUCGUGUUUUGGGGUAGUGAGUGAUGGCGGCGUGGGGGAAGCAUAUGGUAUUCUCAUGGAAUGUGUUGGGGACGGCCUGACCCUGGAGAGGUACCUGUGGGACAGGAAAGGCAGGUUGGCACCCAUAUGUCUACUCCACAUUGCCAGACAACUUGCUGAGGGGCUGCGGGAGAUUCAUAAUCUUGGCGUGCUCCUCAACGAUAUCAAGGCAAAUAAUGUUCUGUUAGACAUCACCAGUGGCAUUCCAAAAGUCAAAUAUUGUGACUUUGGCCAAGCAAGAUAUGGACACGGGGUAAAAAUCUCUGGAAGAGUCACUGACAAUCGGUACCUAUACCUGGCCCCUGAGGUUCGUAAUGGCGGCGUAUCCUGCUUGAAGUCAGAUAUCCACAGUGUAGGGUUUCUCUUCAUGGUACUCUCGGACUUUGAAGGAUCUGAUGCCCUUGUUCCAGCAGUGAAGCGAUGCAUGGUGGAAGACAUCAGUCUCAGGAUCAACGCCGAGGACUUGGCGUUCAUGGUGGACAAGAUCUUCAAUGAUCAUCUCGAAAUAUUUGUGUUGUCUGAUGGUCGGAUACAGACCAAUCUUGAGAUGUCAGUGUUUGAUAAGGGAAACGGGGCAGCUGAGUGUUCCGGUAACAAGAUGGGAUGUGACCUUGAAAAUGUCCUGCCCACCAGCAUGCUAUGUAGAUCCAGGACACCGUCUCCACGGGACUCUGUGAACCCACCAGCAAACCCGAAGGUUGACAUACAUGUAUCAAGUGAAAGCAAUGCCACCUCCCCAUGUAUGGACAUAUAUGCAGCAUCCAAGUCAGUGUAUGAAAAACACCCAAACCACUCCUCAUCUUCUACCAGCAAUGAAGACUCCUAUACUCCAUCCGAACAUGGCGUCCCGAUAUCUACAUGUCGCCUUCAAAGAUGCUCGUCUCCUUGUCCGUCCACCCAAUAUGAUGCAGAUGAUGAACUAUCUGGUGAUGAAAGUCAGUCCUGGGUAAUAACGUCCAAGAGGUCCACCCAUCUCCAUGCAGAACUAUCUGGUGACGGCUAUCACUCUGUGACCACAGCAUACAGGGGGCGCUGCAGUAUCUCACCUUGUCACGUGUCGUCAGUCACCCUGGAGCCGGACGUAAAUAGCUCCAGCUCUGAAGUUAUGUCCACUACAAGCUAUCGCUCGAACUCAUCAGCAUCCCUGUCUGUGUUUGAAGACUGUCACGAGGUGGAAGUAUUCCACGAUCCUCCACAGUUUGAGAACUUUGAAUCAAUGUCAGUUAUCCUUCUAUUUAUUGUGUUUAUGGUCAUGUUGAAAUUGUUUCUAUUAGUUUGUUUGUAAAUAUUAUUAUCUGUAAUUACAAUUAUCCAAAUCGAAGUACUAUUCUUGUUAUUAAUCUUAAUAGAUUGUUCUAGUCAUUAUAAUUACUCCCAAUAUAUGAUAUAAACAUUAUUUUCAUAUUGUGAAACGUUGUCGUUGUUGAAAAUAAAAACAAUGAACUGUU